AUGCCUGCUAUUUAUCAGAUUUAUAUGAAAGUGAAAGUUGAAAAUUUGCGAGGUUUGAAACUAUACGAUGCUAAAUUCCAAAUCCAGCCUGCUUCUACCUGUCUUGGCACCAAUCCCUACACCUCAGUAGUAUCUGUUCCUAUUCCUGCAGUGGGUCCAAACACUGGUCGCAAGACUGGAUCACAGAUUGCACUUCCUACCAACCGAAAUACUGGCCCCAAUUCCAAGUCUGCUGGUAUACUUGGUCAGUCUCCAACUACUGCAAGCCUUGUGGCUGGACUAUCUGUGUUGGCCUCACUAGGUCUGCAAUCAAUUUGUUAG